UCCAAACCUCGAUGCGCUUAUAUUUAGAAAAUAACCGGAAGUCGUCUCCCCGCUCGCUUGUUGUGGAGGGAAGCUGUUAGCAUCGUUAGCUCCGUUAGCUCUGUGUGUUUGAGAGAGAGUUUACUGAAGUUUUUUCUUGUCAUAUAUCAUCUCCAUCAUGGCGUACCAGCUGUACAGAAACACCACUCUGGGAAACAGUCUCCAGGAGAGUCUGGACGAGCUCAUUCAGACUCAACAGAUCACCCCUCAGCUCGCUCUCCAGGUUCUCCUUCAGUUUGAUAAAGCGAUCAACACGGCGCUCGCCAACCGCGUCCGAAACAGAGUGAACUUCAGGGGUUCUCUGAACACGUACCGGUUCUGCGACAACGUGUGGACGUUUGUUCUGAACGACGUGGAGUUUCGGGAGGUGACGGAUUUGGUGAAAGUCGACAAAGUGAAGAUCGUCGCCUGUGACGGAAAGAGCGAGUCGACGCAGAACAAGAGCGACAAAUGAAUUUCUCUUUGUCGACGGAGCCGCAGACGGACCUGGACUGUACAUAUAAUUUAUUACAGCAGUCACAGUGUGUGUGUGUGUGAGAGAGUGUGUUUGUGUGUGUGAGAGAGAAAGAGACAAAGUGUGUGUGUUUGAGCGGACCAGUCACUGUACCUGCAGCAAUUUUUUUUUUAUUAUGAGUUAACAGGAUUUAGUUUUCAGUUUGCUGUUAUUAUUGAGCUGAUCUUCAAUAAAACUUUAUUUAAAACACAAA